UCAAGCUAGCUUAGCCCUGGUCCAUCGAAAAAUCGACUAGCUAGAGCGAUCGAUACAUGGCGAUGCUGCGUUUGAGCUUGGUCAUGCUGUGCUUGGCGGCGUUCGCCGUCGUGCAGUCCGGUUCACAGCCGGACAAGAGCUUGACGCUCGUGACGUCCCAGCGCAACACGCGGCUCAGCUGCACCAACACCAAGACGAACAAGACCACUUGCCAGGCCACCUGCAACAACCGAUGCCCUCACAAGUGCCUCAUCCAGUGCCCCAGCUGCAAGACAUUCUGCCUGUGUGACUUCUACCCCGGCGUGUCCUGCGGCGACCCGCGCUUCACCGGAGCCGACGGCAACAACUUCUACUUCCACGGCAAGAAGGACCAGGAUUUCUGCAUCGUCUCCGACGCCGACCUCCACGUCAACGCCCACUUCAUCGGCAAGCGCAACCCCGCCAUGAACCGCGACUUCACCUGGAUCCAGGCGCUCGGCAUCCUUUUCUCCCACCACCGUCUCCACGUCGGCGCCGUCAAGACCGUCAAGUGGAACGCUGCCUCUGACCAUCUCAGCAUCAUGUUCGACGACGAGGACAUCACCCUGCCCGCCUUCGUCGGCGCCAGGUGGGCGCCGGCCACCGUGCCGACGCUGUCCAUCACGAGGACGGCGCAGGUGAACACCGUGGUGGUGGAGCUCAAGGGCGUGUUCCGCAUCAUGGCCAACGUGGUGCCCAUCACGGCGGAGGACUCGCGGAUCCACAACUACGGCGUCACGGAGGACGACAGCCUCGCGCACCUCGACCUCGGCUUCAAGUUUUACGACCUCACCGACGACGUGCACGGUGUGCUCGGCCAGACAUACCGCGCCGACUACGUCAAUAAACUCGACGUCACGUCAAAAAUGCCGGUCAUGGGAGGCGCGCCGGACUACCUGUCCUCCGACUUGUUCUCGACGGACUGUGCCGUCGCACGGUUUGGCCGCCGCCGCAGCGGCAUUGCGAUGGUCACCGACGAGGAAUAAGUCUAGAUCGAUCUAUCAUGUACGUACGACGUCGUGCAGCUGGCAUUAUAUUUGCACGUACAGGAAUAACAACUAUAUACAACACCGAUACCGAUACAUGCAACGUAUAUAAACUAUGUGCGUGUGUGUUGGAUAUUAAUUAAUUUAUCGAUCCAUGACGAUUUGAGAAAACAAAAAUUAAUAAAGGAGUAAACAUGUAUGGGUUGAUAGUGGUUCUUUUUU